CCGGCGGUCAGACAGAGGACCAGUGAGCAGAGGACGGAAUCAGUAUGCAGGGUGAGAGUGAACCCCCUGAGAGAACUGCAUUGCUUGAAGCUGUCAGACGUGGUGACCCAGCCGUGGUGCAGGAGUGUCUACAGCAGGUGUUGCUGCAGCAGGUUGUACAGGAGAGAACUGGUCGUACACCUCUGCACCUGGCUGCAGCUGCAGGCAAUGCUGAUGUCCUCAGGCUACUGGUGGAUGCUGAAAGCUGCCCAGUUGACCCCCAGGACAGAGAAGGUGACACGCCCUUGCUGACAGCAGCAUUUAAAGGUCACGAGGAGUGUGUGAAGGUUCUGCUGGACUCCGGGGCUGAUCCAAAUGUUUUCAACAGGAAUGAAACCACACCGCUGUGGAGAGCUGUCCAAAAGGGCCACUGGACCACCUCCCAGUUGCUGGUUGACUCUGGUGCCAGAAUAAGCCAUGCCUACAUGAACGGCUGGGUCAUGGUGGCUCACAGACUUAUCACUGUGGGACAGCAGGAGAUGUUGUCAGCGUUCUUCCCUCAUGUGGACACAGCCCUGACUGGGGAUGAACACGGGCUGCUCACAGCUGUGCAGUGUGGCAGGCAGCAGGAGACAGAGGCUCUCCUAGGACAAGGUGUUGAUGUGAACUGGGAGGCAUCUGAUGGCUGCACACCCCUGCACCUGGCAGCUCAGUACAACCAGGUGAAAUGUUUGCAGGUGCUGCUGCAGGGCGGGGCGGAUGCCAACAGGACGACAGCUGGGGGACAGCUGCCACUGCACCUGGCUGCUGAGGCAGGCCAUGACAGGUGUGUUGAGCUCCUCUGUCCUGUCACCUGUAAAAAUGCCGUGAACAAGUGCCCAGAAAGCCCUUUCCACUCUGCCAUGGCUGGCCACCACGCUGGCUGUAUAAAGUUACUGGCCACAGCAGGAUUCAGUCCAAACACCCUCCCAGUGGAUGGGAAAGGGAAAACAGGGAACUCUGCUCUACAUGGAGCUGUUGUCAGGAAGGACAGGGACUGUAUAGAAGAGUUGCUCAAGUCUGGGGCAGACCCCAAUUUGGACCACCCCAGUGUACUGUGUGAAGCAAUCAAGCAGAGAGACCUGGAACUGAUGAGACUGCUCAUUCAGCACGGUGCUGAUGUGAAUUAUUCGUAUACCCCCCACAAAUCAGUGGUGCAGUCCACUCUGCUCUUCAUAUUGCAGCAGCCUAAUCAGGUGCGAGGUUUGGCCGAUCCCCAGUCCUCGCGCUGGAGCAGACAGGACAUGCUCAAACUGCUGCUGGACACGGGGCUGGAGCCUGACUGCUGCUUCACCUGCGACUGUGACGAGUCAACAACCAUCAUACCUCAACACAAACCAGGUAAGAGGCGGAUGUACUUCUGCGAGCAUGCGCGAGUGUUGCGUGUGAAGAUAGCGCCGGUGGUGCGUCUCCUGCUGGAGUACAGCAGGGAGGUGACCCUGUGCACACGCCUGACACUGGUGCUGGAGGACAUGUGUGAGUGGGACAGGAUCAUCACCAUGAUAGGGAGGAUGCGGUCGUUACCCCAUCUGUGUCGGCUGUCGGUGAGGAGAGCGGUGGGGUCCCGCCGCCUGGCGCGGGAAGACUGGGCUGACAGCUUACCUGUCCCACAGAAGGUCCAGGACUUCAUACAGUUCAGGACCAGGAUCCGGGGGAUCGGCCUGAGCCGGGCAGAGCAGCCCAUGUGAUGGGGUCAACAUGCCAACUGGAUUAUUGCCAAAGAUAAAGGGCUGUUGCAUGCAAUACUUCAUAACUUAUGUUGUCAUAUGUUUAUACUUGUGUAGACCUAUGCAAUUUUUUUAUUAUUAGGAAGCCACCACAGUAAUAUGUUUUAUUGUUGGCGAUGAAAGCCAUGAUAUUUUGAACUUGGUGCAUGUAAAUUCAUAGUUCUAUAAUAGUUUUGUAAGAUAUUUAUAUGCUGUGUAUGCAAUAUAUUAUAUAUUAUACAUAAAACAGUAUACAUGUGCUUUUACUAUAAUUUUGUGUGUAAGUAGUCUGUAUCAAAAGAAAACAUGAAGCAAUUUUAAUACAGUAAAUGCAAUAUUUAUUUACAACACUUUUUACAAAAGCUAAAUGUAUGUUAUUUAAAACAAAAAAGUAUUUGACGUUAACACUAACUGAACAAUAUUCUCAUAGAUGUUGUAAUGCCACAAAAUAAUACAUAUGUGAUAUACAAUUCAGUAUCAGUCUGUUGGCAUUUCUAGUGUACC